CAUCUGAAUCAUCUGUAUCUCGUUGUUAUAUCUUUAAUAUUGUCGCUGUUUUAACGCCAGACCUUUAGCUAGCGACAUAUCGCUUGUGAGCUAAGGGCGGAGUUGAUCACCUGCUCUGCACUGAUAAUCUCUUAUUAGCGCGUUAAUGCUACCUGUAGGUAUUAUUAGCGCCUUAAAAUUACCCACCUUCUUCCCAUACUGCUUCUCCAGUGGUGGCAGUAUUACUGAAACAGUUCCUUCCUUGCUCACAUCUGCCGCCCUCGUCUUCCUCAGGUCCUUUCCUGCUCCCGUUCCAUCAAUCUCCAUGAGUGAUUGAACGCUCUGAAGCAGGCAUCAGUGGACAAGCGCACAAACAAAGGGUCAUCGAUCGGUCAAGAAUGACCAUGGAAGACACGAAGAAUGAAGCCGAUACUGCCUCCACAGUUUCGAUGGCUCUCUACAGUGUCAUGUAUCCCGUCUUUGACCAGUUGGAGAGCAUCAACUUAUCAGCAGCACAGACCUUGAGAGCAGCUUUUAUAAAGGCAGAGCAGGGGAAUCCAGGUCUGACCCAGGACAUCGUUCUGAAAAUACUGGAGAAGAAAAACCUAAGAAUUAACUACAAUGAGUGUCUACUUCGCAUGGCUGGAGAUGAUGUUGAAGACUUCAUGAUUGACAGGCCUGAGCCUGAGUUCCAGGAGCUCAAUGAGAGGGCCCGAGCCCUGAAAAAGAUCCUCAGCACCAUACCAGAUGAGAUCAAUGACAGAGUGGGCUUCCUACAGACCAUCAAAGACAUUGCCAGUGCCAUUAAGGAGCUGCUCGACACAGUGAACACUGUCUUCAGGAAAUACCAGUAUAGAAACAAACGGGCGCUGGAAAGGCAGAAGAAAGAGUUUGUGAAGUACUCCAAGAGCUUCAGUGACACACUCAAAACGUACUUCAAAGAUGGAAAAGCGAUAAACGUGUUUGUCAGCGCCAACCGACUCACUCACCAGACCAACAUGAUCCUGCAGGCCUUCAAGACGGUGGUGUAGCAGCCCGAAAGGACGCUUUGAUUAGAGAAUAGGUGAUGUGAGGCUUUGUAAUUUGUAAAGACAUUUUAUUAUUUUGGCUGUAUAAUUUAUAAUUCUGUGGCUUUGAGGGGAGAUCAGGUAGUCUGAGGUUCAAAGCAAAUCAGGUUGACAGUAAUUGCUAGGGAUUUUUACCUCUCUUUUAUGUUGUUCUUUUAUCAGAUUCUUAAGUCGAUAUUUCUCCCGUCCUUUAUAUAUUUCCCUCUCUGCUCAGCACUGUGAUGCUCUGAAAAAGUUCAGCAAAAUGUGAUUAUUUCCCAAUGUCCUUAAAACUUUGGUGAUUGCACGAACCAAAAAAAGAGUGCAAUGAAAAGAAUUUGUAUUAAGUUUCCAAAUGUUCUCCUUUUUUUAUUGUCACAUUUCUUUUGUAAAAUAUAAUCUUGAUCUAUACGGUGGCAUCGCAUACUUGGGGCUAUUAUCCUAUCCCAUUAUCAGCAUACAUCAUAUUUAACUUAAAUCAGAUAUCUUGUAAUCCUGUCUUGGAAUCACGAUGUGCAGUAAUGUUCAUGCAUUUGAAAUGGAGGCUGCGUUCACUGUCUGCUUUCUUUGUCCUGUCUGCAUCACUCUGCGCAUCAUAAACACACAACCCCUCCAGGUGAGCGGUAACUCAGAA